AUGGGCACAGUGGCCCUGACCCCUAAGCUCCACCUUCUCCUCUUGCUCCUGGCCCCCCACAGCCCUGAGAAGGACUGUCCUCCCCACUUCAAAGGACCAAGGCUGGCACUGCCUGGAUCUGGAAUACCAUUCUGGAGCCAUAAUGGAGGCCCGCAGCGAGUGCCGGCCCAAGGCUUGAGGAGCUGAAGCGGUGCGGUGUGGAGCAGGGCUCCCGUCUUCUUCUCUGGCUGGGAGGCGGACACGCAGGUGAGGUGACCAGUGGGGCACCAGGGAGCCCAGGGCAUGCUCAGGCUGCUUGUCACCUCCCACGGAGACAGCCCUGCCAUCCACGCUCCAGCCAGUGAAGAGCACACCUCUUGGAGCUGCUUCGGGAAGGACCUGAGCCUCCCCAACUCCUGGGCUGCAUACGCACUGCCCACCCGUGCCCCUGCCCCAGCCUCUGACAAGGAGCCCACCCCUCCCAGGGCUGUGCCCUCCUGCAGCCUCUCUCCCGGACGCCUGGAUUUGGUCAGCGUCAGUGUGGGACCCCUGCUUUUUGUCCCUGGAAGUUUCUUCGGGAUCUCAGCAGCCACCAGAACCCUGGCAGGCGACCUUGGUGUCUUAUCCUUUCUGACCUUCACUUUGAGCCAGCCAGGUCCAGAGAUGAUGUCACCCCUGGGCUUCAUGAAGCCCUUCCUGGAGUUAAAGUGGCUCCGCCUGCUGGCUGCCCCAGCCGUGCACCACUCCCCAGGGGAAAGAAUUUUUGACCUGGAGGAGACACUGAUCAGACACAGGGUCCUGCAUGAUGUCUCUGAGCAGUGGGCCCAGGCAACGGAAGAGCAGCUGGGGUUCCCAGGCCAGGCCAGGCCUGAGGGAGCCUGGAACAGCCACGACUCCGCCAAGCACCCUGAGCUGUGGACAGUGGGCUUGCUCCAAGACCUGCAAGAGAUGAGGGAUGCAGCAACUCAUGUGGCUUCAAGAGCCCAGGUCUUCUAUCCACCUGUGGGCAUCAAGCAUCCUUUCUCAGAGCCGGCUCACCUGAGCCUCCUGCAGAAAAACCUUUGGGGCUCAGUGAACUUCCCCUUUCAGAAAGCAGCAGCCAAGGACCUCUACCUGCCUGGCCAGCCCCCAGGGGCCUCCUUGCGCCUGCAGCCUAGCAUCUUCCUGUUCUUUCCCCUUACCUGACUUGU